AUGAUAUGUCAGAAUUAUGCUCAUUUGAAAUAUCAGAAUAUCACCUACUCCAUAUUUAUAAGGUAAGCUUAGAAUAGAACUGUGCAUAAUGACGCAUUUCAACAAAAUAUUUACAAUGCAAGAGUGAAAUUUGAUCCCAUAAGCAUUGUUAAUAGCAGAAGUAGUACAAUCAGAUAUAUAUUUAGGCAUUCAGGACUUGAUUUUUUUUUUAAACCUAGCAAUUAAUUUAGCAUCUGUUCAAAUCUCAUUGGUAUCAGCAAACACGGAGAGAUAUUUGUUGGGCUUCAUUGAUUACUGGUAGAUUUUGUUCUCAGCUUCAAACACAAAAUGCCACCUAAAUAAUCUAACUAUUAAUCUAUUCAUUCAAAAAUUUUCUCAAGCAAAACUCUUUUGGUUAAUAUUAGAGCCACUCACUUGCAAUUUAAGCCAUUUUAGUAUUCCUAAAUUUAUUGCUCCUUGCUCUCCUGAAAAGAAAUACUUCUUGGUAACGCGUUGUCGCAUCAUUUUUUGGUCGAAACCUUUUCCCUGUGUUAGAAAAUUUUACUUGAAAACUUUAAGCAAAGGUAAUAAUGUUUUUUAUUCGUCACAAUCAUCGCCUGAUACUUUGAAAAACUAGCCUAACUAAACAUGA